AUGUUUCGACUUGAAGGAGGUACUGUUAGGUAUUUGGGUGGGGAGACGUCCAUUGUAGACUAUUGUGAUGAGGAUGAAUGGAGUUUGAUUGAGGUGUAUGAAAUAGUGAGUAGACAGGGGUAUUUGAAGAAGGAUAUUGCUGCGAUGUGGUAUAAAGCUGUGAAUGCUGGGUUAGAGGAAGGAUUGACCAUGCUUAAAACCGACAAAGAUGCAAUGGAUAUAGUAAGAAUUGGGGUAAAUGAUGACAUGGUUGAGGUUUAUAUUGUGCACAAGACAAGUGAGGUGGGAGAAGUUGUGCAACCUGGGCAAAUUACUGCUCCUGUUGAAGAAGGUGAUCAAGCUGGGCCUGGCCCAAUUAUUGUGUAUGAUGGCCCUGGUGUUGGGUCAAAGGCAGUUACUGAUGGGCCAACUGAUGGGCCUACUGAUGGGCCUACUGAAGUGGAAGAGGUUGGGUCUAUGAGUGAGGGAUCAUGUGAGGUUGUUAAGAGUGAUGAUGCUGUUGAAGAAGAGGUGGAGGGGAGUGAGACAUCUGAAGAUGAUGAUUAUGAACCCAGGGGGAGUGAAAGCUCAUGGACUUCUGAUUCGAUUGCUGGGAAUGCAUCAACUCACAGCCUUGGUAGUCUUGAUUUUGGUGACAGUGAUGAUGAGAGGGAGGGAGCUGAAGGCUUAGUAGAUGUGAACAUCACAGAAGAGGGGAAAAACAGUUAUAAUAGUGAGGAGUUCCUAGAUACUCCAUUUAGUGAUGAUGAGGAUGACACCGGAAAGAGGUAUCCCAUACACAGGCCAUUGAAGAACAUGAGUGAAUACACUUGGGAGGUGAAAACUCUGUAUGUGUCAAGGGAGGAGUUUAAAGACUGUGCCACUGUAUUUGCUGUCAGUAGUGGUAGGGGUUUGAGAUUCACAAAGGUGGAUCUGAAGAGGGUUAAAGUGAAAUGUGUGGAGGGAUGUGAGUGGUACACAUAUUGUGGAAAGAUGAAGCAUGAGCGAAGUUGGCAGUUGAAGAGUUGCAAUAACAAGCACAAUUGCUCUAGGGAAUUGAAGAUUGGAAUCAUGCAUGCAAAGUGGCUGAGUAAGGUUUUCUUGAACAAAAUUGCUGAGAACCUCAAGAUUAAGUUAACCACAUUAAUGAGGAAAGCAUACACAAAGUGGAAUGUGGAGUUGACCAAAUCUAAGGCCUCCAGGGUCAGACAGUUUGCUCUGGAUGAGUUGCAGGGGACAUAUGUAGAGCACUACAGAAGAUUGUAUGACUACUGUCAUGAGAUACUGAGGACCAACCUUGGGUCAUCAGUGCAUCUGAAAGUUCAGAGGCCUCCUGAGUUUACUUCUGAAAGACCAGUGUCAGGGGUAGAUUUAAGACCCAGGUUUGAGAGGAUCUAUGUGAUGUUGGAUGCUUGUAGGAGGAGUUUUAUGGCUUGUAGGCCAAUAAUUGGGUUGGACGGGUGUUUUCUGAAAACACCUUAUGGAGGUUGGCUCCUAACUGCAAUGGGUUGGGACCCAAACGAUCAAAUCCUGCCAAUAGCAUAUGCAGUUGUGGAAGUUGAAACCAAGGACUCAUGGACAUGGUUUCUCCAGCACCUAUGUGAUGACCUGGGAGUUGACAAAAUCAGGACCUGCACCUUCAUGUCUGACCAACAGAAGGGAUUGGUGCCAACUUUUGAGGAGCUUUUGCCUGGAGUUGACCACAGAUUUUGUGUCAGACAUCUGUAUACAAAUUUCAAGAAGAGAUAUCCAGGAAUUCAGUUGAAGCUAAUGAUGUGGAAUGCUACCAAGGCAACUUAUCUUCAAGAAUGGAAAAGGAGGAUGAGUGAGAUACAGAAGGUGGAUCAGGGAGCAUACAACUAUCUUAUGGAGAUUCUAACAAAGUACUGGUGUCAUCACAGGUUUGAGUGGAGACCUAGGUGUGACACUUUAGUUAACAAUAUGUGUGAAUUUUUUAAUUCUGUUCUGGUUGAGGCUAGGGAGAAGCCAAUAGUAACUAUGCUAGAGGAUAUCCGGGUUUAUAUCAUGAAACGUUAUGCUGACAACAGGGACAGAAUAAUGCCUUACAAUAGAGAUGUGUUACCCAGAAUUAGGAUUAAGGUAGAAAAACAGGCCGAAAUAAGUGGUAAUUGGGUGAGUGUGUAUGCUGGACGUGAUAGAUAUGAGGUGGUUAGCAUCCAGGGGGGUAAGGAAAAAUUUGUAGUUGAUCUUAGGCAUCAUGAGUGCUCAUGUAGGAAGUUUCAACUGUUCGAAAUUCCUUGUGCAAAUGCCAUGACAUGCAUAAGAAAAAUGUGUUUCAAUGUGGAUUCCUAUGUUGCUGACUACUACAAAAAGGCUGCAUACAUCUCUUGCUACUAG